GCCAUGACUUCUCUGUCUCCGAACAGGACAUUCUAGAGAAGUAGCUGCAUGCACUUUAAUAUUUUGCUUCUUGGAAGCAUUCAUGACUGAAUGCUGCUUAAAAAAUGCCAAAUGUUGACAGUGUGAAAGUGGCAGUUCGAGUGAGACCUUUCAGUCAGAGAGAGAAGGACGCAGGAAGUAGGUGUGUGAUUUCUAUGGACUCCAACAGUACAAGCAUCUAUGAUCCUAGGAAUCCAGGGCACGUGAAAACCUUCACGUUUGACCUGGCCUAUUGGUCUCACAGUGGCUUUCUAAAGGAUGAGAACGGCAUGCUCAUCUCAGCGGGAUCUAACAGUUAUGCAGGCCAGAGAGAAGUCUUUCGUGAUCUUGGCCAAGGAGUGCUGCAGAGUGCCUGGCAGGGUUACAAUGCAACUCUUCUAGCAUAUGGCCAGACCGGCUCUGGGAAGAGCUACUCCAUGAUUGGGUAUGGUGCAAACAGAGGACUGGUUCCCAGUGUGUGUGAAGAGCUCUGCAAAGCAAUCCAAAGUCAGGAAAAGAAUAGGCAGUACCAGAUUACUUUCAGCAUGCUGGAAAUCUAUAAUGAACAGGUAAUAGACUUGCUGUCUAAGACUAGGAAGCCUGGAGGGCUGAAGAUUAGAGAAGACCAGCAGCAAGGUUUUUAUGUGGAUGGUUUGAAGCUGGUGCCUUGUGAUAAUUACGCACAGAUUGAGAGGUUAAUGGAUCAGGGGAAUAAGAUGAGAACAACAGCUACGACCACCAUGAAUGCCUCCAGCAGUCGAUCCCACAUGGUUAUCGCGAUCCAAUUCAAACAGAUUUUCCUAGAUGAAGCUAUCACUAAACAGUCAGUUAUCAAUCUGGUGGACCUGGCAGGAAGUGAAAGGCAAAAAUCAUCAGGAUCUGAAAAAGACAGAUUGAAGGAAGGAACACGUGUAAAUCUAAGCCUAACUACAUUAGGGAAUGUCAUCAGUGCUCUGGCUGAGGUAGCAACAGGAAAGAAAGUGCUGCAUAUCCCAUACAGGGACUCAGUGCUGACUAAACUCUUGCAAUCUGCUCUUGGGGGGAACAGCAGGACAAUCAUGAUUGCAGCCUUGAGUCCAGCAGACAUCUGCUAUGAAGAAACUUUGUCAACCUUAAGAUAUGCUGAAAGGGCAAAAAAGAUCAGGAACAAAGCAGUGGUAAAUGCAAGCCCUACCAAAAAGCUGAUAAGAGAGCUGAAAGCUGAAAAUAACAAACUAUUGUCCAGAAUGGCUGAGCUUGGGAGUGCAGGGAGAGCGAUAUCCGAUGAAGCACCAGAGCUGCAACUGCUGGCUGAGAGUGAGGGGCGGCCACGGAGCACACAGAUGACAUGGGAGGCUCAGCUGGAAGAGGCCCGGCGGGAGUGGGAGCAGCAGUACUCUGCUAUGAUGCAGGAGAGGUGGAUGAUGGAGAAGUUGCCAUAUCUCCUGAAUAUCAAUGAAGAUCCUCAGCUUUCAUGGGUUCUCAAGCAUUUCAUUCAGGAUGGUACUUGUGAUGUUGGUCAAUCAGCCUCAAAUGCUAUAAUCCUAAGAGGUUUGGGCAUUUUGGACAAACAUGCAACGUUUACAAAUGCUGAUGGCAGAGUUACCCUGGUGCCACAGGAUAAGUGCAAGGUUGUUGUGAAUGGAGUGACCAUCACAGGGGAAACAGAACUGCAGCACUCGGAUCGUGUUAUUUUGGGAUCAAACAGCGCUUACCUCUAUGUCGGACCACCUGCACAAAGAACAGAGGAGGACCUGAGCAGAUAUGACUAUGACUUCUUUCAAUCUGAGUUGGCAGCAGCGGAAGGUUUCGGUGUGGAUAAGCUUGGCACUGUGAGCGGUGGGCAGGACAGAGCAGAUCCCAGCGUCCUGGCUGUAUUUCAUGACUACAUCAAGCUGAUGCCACUGGUGGAGGAGGUGAACCAGAUGAGCCAGGAGCUGAGGAAGGACCUCAAAUUUGAAUUGAAGGUGAAAAAUCUGGCCUUAUCAGACUCCAGAGGCCAUGACCUACAAAAGGAAAUAACAGUGAAAGUGACACAUGAAACUACACAGCAGGUGUGGGUAUGGUCGAAGGCCAAGUUCAUUAACAGGAAGUUCCUAAUGGAGGAGCUUUACCAGCGCUUUCUGGAAGGGGAGAACCCAGCUGUGAAUCAGGACAGUGAUCCCUUCUGGGACCCGGUGGAAGCUGUCCAUGUGGGAUCUGCACAUGUUUGGCUGCAGGCACUGGCAUACCGCAUGAGGCUGGAGGAACGGGCUGAGCUGCUCAACUCUGAGGGACUGGAAGAGGCUGUCGUUCUGAUAAACCUGUUUCCGUGCUUCAGUGAUGGGAGACUUUUCGGGGAGGACGAGAUGGUCAUUGAUCCGCUGGAGCUGCUGGAAGGAAGGGUUGAUUUCCAGAUUCACAUUGCAGAGUGCCUUGGAGUCAAAUGGCUGCGAGGUGCUGUGGGAAGAGGCAUUCAGAUCGGGUAUAGAGUUUAUGAUCUUCCCCGGUGCUUAUACACAAAGCCUGUCUGGGAAAGCGUCAAUCCGAAGAUAGAAGAAACAGUCCAUUUCUCAGCUCUAAAAGCUUCCUAUGAAUUUCUGAAUUAUUUACAGAAAAAUGCUUUAGUUGUUGAUUUAUGGGGCCUCCAAGAAGGUUGCAUGGAGAUGGACUCCUCACUUGAUGGCCUUUUGCUCACAGCUGAGGGCACCAUUGUGAUUGAUAAUCCCAAAGAUUUGACUGCAAGCCAUGCUGGUCUGGAUGCAGCUAUGGAAGUGCCUGAACUCUACCGGAAACUGCUGCAGAUGGAACAAGAGACAGAGCUGCUGAGGGAGCUCAACAGAGCUUUAAGAGAAGAAAAUGCUCUUCUUAAAGACAAACUGAAGAAAUGGGACGUGGGACAUCAUGAAAAGAAGAAAUCUGAGUCACCUACCAAGGUGAUUAAGGUGAUGAAGCAGUCUGAGUCAUCAAGAGACGCUGAAGAGAUGUGCAGCCAUCGGACCAGCUGUGAUGCAGAACUUGCCAAGGCCCUUAAGACCUUCUAUCAAAACAUGAGUGUAGUCAGACAGCAGUUCCUUCAGCUGAAGCAUUCCAGGCCAUCAGUAAGUCCGUUUAUUGCAAUAGUUUAAGCAUCUGAAGCUGUUCUUCAAUUCUAAAGAAUUUUGUCUUAAAAACUUCAGGAAUUUGAAAAUGAAGGUAUCACAGAGUCGCAGGAUUGUUGAGGUAGUGCUAAAGUAGGCUUCCUACUCUGGAGAGAAACUCAUUGUUUCCACGUGUUUUGAACAGGACCAGAGGUACUGUCUAGGCCUGCAGACUCUGUAGUCUGACUUGCACGUUAAAACCAAGAGAGCUGAACGAACUCAAAUGGGCAUGUUGCUACAGAACUGUUUGCCUACCAGGGAAGCCGUGCUGUAACCAAGCGUGUUGUGUAUCUACUCAGUGCUUUAGGGCUGUUAUGCUGUCAUCAUCUUGUUCAUAAAGUUGCUUCAGAAUGAUGCAGAUUGGCUCCUCGACCAUGGUUGGCUCGCUAUUCAGCAAAUCUUCCAGAUUGCUUGACAACGAAGCUAUUAUUUACUCAAGCUGGCAAGGGGAAUUUAUUGUGUAAUAUUGGCUUUCUCAGCAUGACCUUUUAGCAAGUGUUGUAACUCUUCCUGUUACUUCUCAACAGCCCCAUCUCUUGCCAGUAACACUGUAUUGUUCUGAUUUUUCCUUCUCUAUAUAACCUUCAGUUAUGCAGGGUAAGAAAAUCUCCUAAACUGGUGUGUUAUCUUAUGGUUUUCACCACUUAAGGUUUCUCUGCACAGAAACACCUAAACAUGAGUUUGCUUUGGCCCAUUAAGUAUUUAGCCUAAAACACAGCUCGGAGUUGGAGAGCCAUCCCAACUUCCAUCAGUCAUUUGAGCAAGCUUGUAUUGAGUACUGUAAAUCUGCAUGCAUAAACGCAGGCUAGGACAUUUCUUUAGGAAACAUUUGUAACAACUUUUUGGGCCUUUAGACUGUUGUGAACUGUUAUCACCCAGGGCAGAAAGCACCAGUGGCUUAGAACCGUUCCUGAGGAAAAAGCUGUUCAUGUGAUUGUCGGGGGGAAGGGAAAGAAAUAAAACGCACAGUAAACCAAUAUCUACUACUUUGCUCAAUGUAAUAUUGUAAGCACAGUAGUUCUGGCAUCUGAGUUAGGAGUGGCAUGAUCUGAACUUUAAUCCAACAACUACUUUAGGCCUUGACAGUGUUAAAGAACACAUAACAUGUUUCUUUUGUUAGUAGCUGAUCAUUAUUGCCUCUUACUGUGGCCUAAUUUGCAGCUUACAGAAUCAUAGUGCAUUGUUAGUAUAACAGCUGUGGAGAUGCUGAUCAAAGUUUUUGAUCUCACGCUAGGAGACUUUAAUUAUAGAGCAGACAUGUAUUUCUUCAGAUCUUGGUAUAUUUUUUUUCUGCAACUGAAGAACAAAAUUGUGUAUCAACAAAGAUAUUAGAUGCUUACAGGCCAUUUAUUUCUAAAACCCGCUGCUCAAUUUUGGGUUGUCUUGUAGCAAGGCUGCUUGAUGGACAUCUCAAGGACAAUACAUGUUGUCGAGUCACAGGAGCUCUUCUGUGCCUACAUUAAAAAUAUAUAACCACUAGGUUAAAGUUAGCUAUGAAGCUAAUACAUAGCCCUUCAGAUCUAGGUGGCUGGUGUCCAACUUUACUCCUUUAGAUGUUGCUGCCAGGAGACUGAGAGGUGUAAUUCAUCUGGCCUGGAUAAAGAGCAAAGCUGUACUCCCAAGCACAUCCUUUCAGCUGUGGUAUAUGCUAUUCUUGGCAAAAUAACAUGUAAUUAUGAUCCUAAUUUUAGUUUUUGAACCUGUAGUAGUUUGUCCUACCAUUUGUCUCCCUUUUACUCAGUUACCAUAAGUUAACCCAUGAGACCUUCGGGUAGCCUUUGGUGUAUAAGUGAAAAAAUGACAUGAGAGUUGAGCCAACUAAUUUCUUUUAUUAUGUUUUAGCAGGAAGAGAAUUUGCAGGUACUACGUCUUUUUACAGAGACACAGUCACAAAUGAUAAGUGAUUUUGGCCAACAACUUGAGUCUGCAGUUUAUAAGCUGAAAAGCGAUGUUGCUCUUAUAGUUAAGAAGAAGCGAGAAUACACAGCAUACAGCAAACCUUGAGGAUCCCUUUCUAGGAAUACAAUGAAGUGCACGUGAGUUUUCAGUUUGUCUUUAAGUUCUGUCUCAAGCAUUCUAUGUACAGCACAGUCAAGGCAGCUUGUUUGCUUAUGAUGUCACUCGUUACAAAUCUGUUUCAGCCUAAGACUAAAACUUGUAAGAUUUCUGAAAUACUUCAUCUGCAACAGUGCUCUGAUCUCAACAUGUUGUAUCACUGGGGAAAAAAAUGCUGUUAUAUAUUAUUAAAUGUACAUAGACUAGAAAAAAAAAUGCUAGAUGUAUUAUUAUUCAACCACAAAGAAUCAGAUGUAGACUCAUGAAUGGUAAUUUAGUAAUUACAAACAAAUGUGGAAAGUUGUUCCAGCAAUUUAAGUAAUUUGAGUAAGUAAUUUAAUUUCUCAGUUACUAUACUGACAAGGCCAGUAGUAGAAAUAGUCAUACUGUAAAUACAUCUUUCUUGAUACUGUCUUGCAUACUGCACACGUUCUUCCAGAAUGACUUGUCAGUUGAAAUUGCAAUUGGUCUUCAGCUCACUAUACUGACAAACUUUGUGCUUUCUGUUUUCUAGUACAGCAAGCUAGUAAGGCUGAAAAGUCAACAAACCUUAAGACAGCAGUACAGAUCUCUAGAAUAAUACAGCAAAAAGACAAUUCUGUUCCUCAAACCUGAGGAGAAAAACUACUUUUAUUUGACUAUGGGUAGUAAGGCUUUCAAAGUAGUAACACCACAAACUAAUAGUGCCUAUCCCAAGCAGACAUGAGGAUUAACUAGCAGUUUCCUCUGCUAAGGCACUUGACAGCCAGGGCCUGCCUGCUUUAAAUAGUUGGGGCGAGAAGACUGUGGUUAAUUGUGAAGCAGAAUGAAUUAAGCAGUAACUGAGGCUGCUGUUCUGCAACUUAAGGUGAAAGACAUUAAACAAAGUUCUAGUACCUAAUAAAUCACUGAUUUUAUAUGUUCGUGAAUUAAGAAGUAUCCUUUCUGUGUUUUCUCACAUCACAAUUUUAAACUCAAUUUUCACCUGUUUCUGCUGUAAACAACAGCACAAUGCAACUAUUUUAUGAGGAGGCUUUUACAGCCCAAUGAGCUUUAUUGGAAUGAGGUGCAGGUAAGAUGUUAGGUCACACGGCUUUUUUGAUGUCAGACUUCUGGCUGGCUAAUAACAGAGAACUCAACACCACGUUUGCUGAGGCGAUCAAUCAGUUUUGUUUUAGAGAAGGCAGCUCCUGGAGAAUACACACCACCCCUGUUAACAACAGUCAAAAGAGAAAAACCAUUAGUGGUGAAGUGGCUCAGCAACACCUUUAUUUGAAAUGUGCUUCCCUAUCUAGGAAGGGAAAAGCCAUUUUGUCCAGGAGGGAGUACAGGAGGAAUCGGGCAAGCUUGUUAUAUUUAGAGGUUCAUUUAUGCAUCCACCAAACUCACAGAAAUUAUUCCUUGACUGAAAAGAGAGAGUCUGGUUCAAUGGUGUGGCAAAAAUGUUACUAAAACUACAACAUCUUUUCAAAUUGAAAUGCAAAAGAACCAUCUCCACUGUCUAGCAAGGAUCGUGUUUAAUACCACUGCCCUUUGGGUGAGGUGACAAAGCAAUCCACAGAGUAAUAGAGAAUCUGUUCUAUCAAAGAGAGGAGCUGUAAGGGAAAUCAAGCUGUUCUGCAAAGUACUCACUCUUUAGGCAGAUGAGCCGAAUCUUCCAGAAGAGCAACAGCUGCUUGAACCAUUGCAAUUGGUGUAGCAACAUAGCCAGGCUCUAAUAAAAAAAAAAACCAGCGCGUUGAAACACUGAUUCACAUUUCUAAUCUCGCUCUUAUAUAUGGAAUGCUAAAGAUAAUCUCUGCCAAUCUAAACUGAUAUCUCUGUUUAAGAACAAGUUUGUUACCUGGUAAUCAUUCAGAGUAGCUUUGAGAGUCCUGUAGAACUAAUGUGGACAAGUACCAGCUUCAGCUACAGGCCUGGGAUCACAUGAGAACCUUGAGUAUCACCUCUGGAGUGCCAGAGAGCUCUACAUUUUAGCACGAGCCAACCCAUUCUGUGCUUAAAUUCAGACCUUUUGAUGUAACACUAUUUGCAGUCAGCUACAUAUUUUGUUGUUUAAAGUAAUAGUGGUUAGCUAACUCCCUUCUAAAUGUACGUUGUUGCUGCCUCCAAAACUUCAUUUCAGGAAUGGCCUGAACACUAAUAUGUACAGCUAAAAAUAACACCAUAUAACAUACGGAUUUUAGGUUCACUCACAAGGGACUGGAAAGUCUAAUGUCUAGUAAAAAUGUCUAGUAACCCAGGUUCUACGAACCACCCUUAAGUCACUCUCCCUUUCCUAUUCUACUCUGGCAAAAAUGAGAAUUGGUAUGAUGACAGGCACAAGAAAAGAGAAUGUCAAGCACAAAACACAGUUAGCUUUUUCAAAAAGCAGGUUAAAAUGAAUGCUGGUAUCCAAGAUCAUAUUCUGUAAAUACUGUUGACUUAGUGCAUGUUGCAAGCACUUUGCAAGGGCAAAGGGAUGGUAGUGGAACCACACACCUUUAUCACAUGAGGAAAUGUGAGCCAAAAGCAGUUAGCUGCUAACAUACAUACCUGGUCCCUUCACUUGAGUGCAGAUCUUUACAUUUGGUUUGCCAUUCUGCGGAUCUUGCCCCUCACUGUAACCCUCACCAAAAAAUGUCAUUGUGAAGGAGGUUCCAUCCAUCUGUAGUGAGUAAGGCAAGUGGCAAGUCACCAAAACACUCCUGCACUUGUAUCAAGCAAAUAGAAGUAGUAAAGCACUAUAAUCCACUGAGAGCAGUUACUUUGAGUUAUUAUUUAAAAGGCACCAUUGCAUUUACAUAAUUUGGAUAUUCUGAUCACUUCCACUUUAUUGGAACAGUUAUUGCCCUAAAGUCCAUUUAUUUUCUCCUUGCUUUCAGGCUUGAUUUUGUUGCACUCUAUAUACUGCGAGCUAUUCAUAUUAAUACAUCAGAGCCAGCAAUAUGAUCCACUUUUUCCUUACAAGAGCUCUACCUAUUUUGAUGUCCCACUGCCAGACAACAUGACUUUUUGAAUAGUCAAAGCUAUCUGAACAGGUAUGCACAGUGUGUAUUCAGAAAUGAUUUGUUUCUUUGAGACUAUGUGGUGGAUGCCAGUUUACAACUGUACCAUUACCACAAAUUUCUUAUUAGGUGGGAUGGAAAGCAGCCAGUUACCUGUUUCUGGGUUGGUCCUUUCUUUGUGAAGCGUCCAGCAGAGAAAAAUUCUGGGUACUGCAUAAUGAGAAGGCAAAGAAAAACAAUUAAAAAAAAAAAAAACAAACCAAAUUAGAGAGAGCAAAAAGACUCCCACCACUUGAUUCUUUAAUUCUUUUGCACUUUGAAUGCUUACUUUUGUCAGGAGUUUUCUUCCAAAGCUAAAUUUCACAAGAAGAAGAAAUAAAAUGCCAGCAAACAUCAGCUUCAUAACAGAGCCAAGACCACCUACAGUCACAUAAGCACUGUACUGUACCUACAACAGAAAAACACCAGUGAUAGAAUUUAUAUCAGCAUUUUUGCAUGAAUUUCUUUAUAAAGAUGCACUGUGCAACUUUUUUUAUACAACAUCUGUUUGAAAAGAACCUUAAACAACUGUCAUAAUUCUAAAUAAUCUUCAUUUCAUAAUUCUUUAUGAGAAGACACUGUAACUACAGAUUGGAAAGACUAUGGUAAAGAAAAGUGGAAAACUUUGAAGAAAGUUGUCUUCUGGUAUCUCACAGAAUCACAAGGUUGGAAACGACCUGCAAGAUCAUCCAGUCCAACCACCCUCCCAUUCCUAUUAGUA